AGAACGUCAACGGCGGCAGCUCUUCUCCCACCAACGGUCUCUCGCCGACUGAGGCGCGGCGGGGUUGGGCCGGCCGGGCACAAUGAGGCGCGUGCGCGCCUGCGCCACCUGUCACCGGCGAGCCCCGCCCCCCGAUGCGGCUCCUGCAGGAUUGUAACCCUUUCGCGCCCGCCUCGGAGCUCCAAGUGUUUUUUUCCCCUCUCUCGCUCUUUCCCUAGUUAUGUUUUCAAACGCGGGACGUUGACGAUCACCCUGUUUGUAUUUUGCUUUUAUCAUCUGGCGAACAUCUGGCAACUUUUAGGAAAGGCAGCAGGCACACAGCAAAGCAUGGCUGAAGAGUCCCAAAAGUCACUUGAUGAUCCUGAGAUGAAUGCCCUCUGGGACGAGAUGGUGAGAAGGAGAAAGGAGAGUCCCCAGGAUGGCACCGAGCCGCUGCCUCCCAGCCCGGACGUUCAGUGGAAGGACAUUUUCUUUGAGAGCGUGCAGAAGAGGGCUUUGCACUUGCAGACCAUGAAAAUAGGCAGACUUCACAAGAACAAGGCGCAGCAAGAAAAGGUGGAGAAGAAAACACCCCCGGACGGCCUGCCCAGAGAAUUGCUUGACAAAGAGGGCAUGACGCUGGAGACGCGGGCUUACUUGCUCGAUAAGCUCCUCCCAACGUUAGUGCCCGGCGUAGAGAAGCUGUUAAAGGUGGCAGAGAGGAAGAAGGUGAUAGAAGCAGACACAGAGGAGCCCUCCAAAUUUAACCCCAUUAAUUUCCUAGGAGAAUACCUGAUGAGGUGUAAUCCUGCGUAUCAGACCGCUGCACUGCCAGAUCCCUACGUGAGAGGGAUUAAGGCAGUCACCGAAGAGCUGAAAGCCCAGGUGCCGGAGACAACGCAGCACAAGCUCGUCCAGAUGAAAGUGCUGGUGGAAGACAAGCGCAAGCAGAGGGAUCAGGUGGCAGAGAUCAAGAGGCGUGUGAAAACCAUGCGCACGGAGGCCCUGGCAAUGCAGUUCAGAGAAUGGACACGAGAUAUAACCUCACAGAUCCCGCUUGUGCUGGUCCAAAGUGCCCUGAAGUCAUUCCUGGACAUCAGCCCUUUGCCUCCAAGAGCAGGCAUCUAUGCCAGGCCUGUGGAAGCCAUAGAAACACUAGAGCUGAAAGUGAAUGAAGAGGAAUUUGCAGAGUAUGUCUUCUCUUAUAUCAACAACUUCACCAGCGACAUGUUCCAGGAACUACUGAAGCAUCUCCUCCAGUGUGCCAACGAUGCGCGAGAGAUCAUCAAACAUGACAAGUGGAGGCAGUGCUUUCUCCAGCUCUUCCUGGACUGCGACCAUGGACAGGUGGGGCUCUUGCACAGACAACGGGUUUUAGCUUUACUGGAGAACUUUUACAACAACUGCUCAGAGCCCGUUAGGAAGGGACUCCGCAAUCCAAGUCAAUGGCCAAUGAUCGAACUGGACGAUAUAGAUCUCUUCGAGUUUUGGGGACAGGUGGAAGACGGGCAAGGCCUUUCGAAGCUAAGUAGCCUCCUGAACAAAAGCUCUCAGCUUGAACUGUCCGCUCAAGCCUCGCUCCUAAAUCAGAUCCUAAAAGGUAUACUGUCUGAAGAGGUGUUGGCUUUACCUGAUACAAGAGACAUCACGAGAAUGUCUCUUGACUCAGAAGAAGUUGUCCUGGUGCAACAGGCCAUUUCAGCCAGUGAGAUAAUAGCUUCAGAAGAGGUUGUAGAAGGUCAGGAGGAGAUGGUGGCUUUAGCUGAUACAGAAACCAUCACAGGUGUGUCUCUUAGCUCAAAAGAAGUUGUCCUGGAGCAACGGGUCAGUUCAGCCAGUAAGACAAUUGCUUCAAAAGAGGUUGUAGAAGGUCAGGAGCAACGGGUCAGUUCAGCCAGUAAGACAAUUGCUUCAAAAGAGGUUGUAGAAGGUCAGGAGCAACGGGUCAGUUCAGCCAGUAAGACAAUUGCUUCAAAAGAGGUUGUAGAAGGUCAGGAGCAACAGGUCAGUUCAGCCAGUAAGACAGUUGCUUCAAAAGAGGUUGUAGAAGGUCAGGAGGAACCAGAUCCAACUACUUUUGCCGGGUCAUCUGCUGCUGUUGAGGAUCCUUUUAUUGAAGCCAUGAAGGUGGGCUUGGACACAAGGGAAAGUAAUGAGAACGUGAGGCCAGAAGGCUCUGCUACUACUUCAGAAGGGGAAGCCACAGUACUGCCGGAAGAGGUAUCAAAGGGAAGUGAUCUGGGCUCCGUUGAACAGAUGAGCUCAGAUGAACCUGGUACUACUGUGAAGAUGAGCAUAGCUGAGCCAGCAUCAAGCCUGGGAGAGGAGACCACAGUGCCCAAAAAGGACGUGGGUGCAGAAGAAGGCCAUGAGCACUCGGAUGAGAUCCCAAAGGAUCAGCCAGAUGUGAUCACUGCCGAGUCACUGGUACAAGCAACCGUGGAAGGCCAAGUCUCAGCCUCUGGCUGGUUUGCCUGCCUCAGCCGUGCCCGGGCAACAUUGCCCCCUCCCAGCAUUGCUCCUGUAGCAGGUGGGUGCGGGGUUUGGGCCACCACCCCAGACACACCUUUUGCUGCAGGCCUAUCCUGGUUGCCUUCAUGGAAAUCCAGCAAGUCGAUCAGUAAGACUCCUCAGCUGAUCAGUGAACAGCCGUGGUCAGGUAAUAUUGAGACUGCCAACUUGGCCUUCAGGUACAGUGACUAUGGCAAGGAAGUCUGGGAAGACUGGAAGACGGAAAACUCCAGGUUUCCAGGCUUGCUUAUGAACAUGCUAGACAUUCAGAGUCAUGGGGCCCCGUCUUCUACAAGUGCUUUCGACAAGCAUUUCCUCAACCUGCCACAGUUCGUGCAGCUGAUGGAGAUGUUUAUUGGCACGGAAAUUUCUCCGCUGGACCUGAAGAAGUUGGUGAAGUUUGUGAAGGAAGGCUACGUGCUUCUGGAGAGAGAGAAAAUCAGUCAGAUGGAAAGAGUCCACCACGAUGCUUUCGUGGCCCGCCAGCAUCUUCUUUUGGCCGCCCUCUUUGAGAAGUGGGAUAACGAAGGCUCUGGAUUCCUUGACAUGAAAGAGGUGGACGCUGUCCUUAGUACCUUCAAGGAAGGGAUGGAGCAGGAGGCCCUGGAGAAAGCUAAAUUGCAGCUCCCGAUCCCCCUGCAGCAUCCCAGUGGAGUGGUGAAGCUGUCCCAGAAAGACUUCCGCACCUACAUUGAUCUGGUCGCCGCUGAGUUCACUGGCAACGAAGACGAGGUCUUGGAUAACAUUGUGGAAUAUCUCAUGACCACCGUGGAGAAGACUCACGCUGAGCAACUGCGGGGCGCUGCUCGGCGGAAGUGGCUGUAUGCGGUUCAACACACAGCCAAGAUCAACGGGGGGAGCAUCGACCCCGUGUACCAAGCUGCCUUCAAGGCCCUUGCUCGGGAUGCCGAUGCUCAUGGAGAGGGCAAGACGAUCAGUGCCCACAUCGCCCUCUUGGAAUACAACGUUCUUUUCCCAGAGAGGGGAGACGUUCUCCUCCGCUAUGUGGCCUGCACAGAAGACGACGCUCCGUAUCUUUUGAACCAGUCACUUUACAUGGAUAUGAAAGGAAUUAGCUUUGCAGCAGCGUUAGAAGACAGGCCCAUCCACGUCCCAAGAGUCCAGCUGCAUGGACAUAUCCACUUCUGGAACUACAAUCGUCCUGAGAAGGAGAGGAAGGGCUCUUUCUUGGUGAUCCCACUUGAGGAUAUCCGCAGGAGGGUCUUUGGCAUUCUCGGGUUGGACACCCUCCGUGACCAGAAUGAGGACACCAUCAUUGUGCCCCACGAGAUCCGUUUCUAUCAGGGGGUAGCAAAGGCAUUCAGUGUAGCCUACCACCACAUUCGCACCCAGGAUAGCAUCAAGCAGGUGAUAGUCACCGGCAUGGAAUGGCUGUCCACCAAAGCGCCAGGCAUCCACGCCAUCUCUGCAUAUUUCAUGGAGCCUGGAAAAGAAAGGAUACAGGAUUACGCCUUGCGCCGGGUGAUGACUACCAACCGGAAGGGGCAAAUGGAAAUCAUCCCUCAUCCCGCACCCGCGCUCAGCAGAAACGAGAACAUCUUCAGAGAUUACCUGUUCCAGUGCAUAGAUUGUGCAGAGGUGGUGGCUGCGUAUGUGUAUGAAGAUCACCACAUUGCAGUUCCACUGAGGGAUCCGGCCGGCUACGCCACAGUGGUGCUUGACAUCAACUUGGGACGGCGGAAAAAGCUGCCGGCCUAUGAGCACAAGGACCUACAGAAGAUGCUGAAGAUGGCGCAGGAGGCCAUUUGUGAGAUACUGAAAGAGGAGCUGGGCGAUCUGGAGCCCUACCAUGUCUUGGAGGCAGAGUAUGUUGGGGACUGGAGGCGCGGGGGAGUCCUCUUCUACCGAUUCAUGUUGCAGGAUUUGCAAAAUUGCAUCUUCAACCUAGACCCGAAGACUUGCUUCGAGGAAAUAAAGAGCUAUGAACAGCCACCACUCCUGGUGCACAAGAUACUGAAGUGCGUGCUGCUGAUUUUGUACCCGCAGUGGGCUGGCACAGAGGAAGUGGAAAACUGGAAAUGUUGCUUAAAGAAACUUGAUGAAGAACUUAUUGAGAACAUUUCCUACUUUGAUCCAACUGCUGCCUAUGUCCAAGUUAGGUCAGAGAUUCUGUAUAGAUGCCUCCAAGGUAUACAAAGGACAGCCGUAUGGAAGGUUGGCUCAGCUCCACUGGAGUACCUUUACAACUGGACCCUCACCUGCUUGUCAUUAAUAGAGCUUGCAAAGAAACUUCAGUAUUCUCAGACUGCGAUUAAACCGUCUUAUGGGCGGCUGCUUCCAAGCCCGAUUAUGUCAAGAACAACAUCUAUGUUUUUGGAAAACAUUAAUCCAACUUUCACUUCUAUUUAAAUGUGUUGUAAAAUGUUUAAAACAAAUAUUAAGUGUGACUUGUCUAUUUGUUCAGUCAGCUUCUUCCCAUUGUUCAUAUCUGUUACUUGUUGCCCUACCAUUUAAGUUAAAAUGACACUUCUCAGUUAACUUAAUGCAGUUAACGUAGAGGUCUACAGGGAUGGCUGCCUUCUGACUUUCACUUAAUUCUGAUCAGAAAUGAGAGGGGAUUAGGGGCCAGCAAAGUUGAAACUUGUGUCUCAACUGGGUGUCUGCAGAACUGGCCAGUGAUUAUGAAGAAGGGCAACAACGAGAAGAAUAAAAGCACUUCAAAAUUCUAUUGUGUGCCCUCUUCUAAAGUGGCUUUUGGGACUGUCAUUUUACACUUGAUGUGCAGACAACUUCCAUUUCAGCUCCUCCCAAAGGGAGGACACCCCCUUGAUGUUUGCAAGCCCAUUCAUUUUAAGACAACAAGAAGCUUUCUUAUUGGCUAGAGCCGGAGGCAACAACACACACCGGUGUUCUGAUCCAAGAUUCCAUCUUCGCAAUCUUUCUGUAGAAUCUUUUUUUAAUAAAAUUUGGGGAA